AUGUCUUCAGAUAGUAAAUAAGCAAUAGAUUAAGAUAGUGAUUACGAAAUGAAUGAAAAUAGUGAUUAAUCAAUAGAUUAAGAAGAGCUUUAUAUCGAUUUGAUAAAAGCUAUUAAAGAAAAUAAUAUUCUACAAAUAAAUAAUUUACUAAUUUAAGCAAAAAAUGACAAUAUUGACUUAAUAAAUUUUUAAAUAAACUUUUAACCAAUUCAUUAAGCUGCAUGGGAAGGUAAUAUUAAAAUAUUUUUACUUUUAUAACAGAAUGGAGCAAAUGUAGAUGCAAUAUCUAAUAAUUAAAUGAAUUGUUUAACAAUUGCUGUAUUAAAGCAACAUGUUAAUUUAGUAUCAGCAUUAAUAGCAACUGUCAAAGACCCUAAUUUUAUUUCAAAAAGAGGAACAGCUCUUCAUAUAGCUGCUAAAUUAGAUAAUGAAUAAAUAAUGGAAUUAUUAUUAAAGCAUCCAAAUAUUGACACAAAUAUUAAAUUUAAAAAUAAAAGACCAAUUUAAAUAGCUGGUUCAAUGACUAAGUAAUUAUUGAUGUUACAAGAACGAAUUUAAAAAUCUUAUAUUUUGAUUUCUAAUUCUUUUAUGAAUUCUGAUGUAUGUAUUUAUUUAUAAAGAGUCUCCUUCAUAAUUAAAAUUAACCUUAAAUUAUCAUAGGGUUUGCUUAAAAAGUUGGUUGGCUUGGUUUUAAGUACUCAAGUAACUUCUUAUUUUUGGAUCCUAUAAAUGGAAUAUUUGCAAGAUAUUCUAAUAAGGAAGAUUAUCCAUUUAAACCAAUUUAAAUAAUUGCAUUAGAAUUAAUAAAUUCUGUUAAAAUAAACAAUAAUAUUUAUUUUUCAAAGGCAAACUAUUUUUACUUAGAAAUUAAACAUUCAAAAAAUAAUGUAUAAUGGUAUUGCUUUAGAAAUGCUGAAAUUGCUUAAAAUUGGAGAAAUAAAUUAAUAGAUGCAGUAAAGUAUUAUAAGCAUUUUUAAAAAUAAUACAAAACUUGUAAUAAAAAAAAAGAUUAAAAAAAAACAAUUUAAUAUUUUAUAUAUGAAAUGUAAUUAUCAAAUAAGAUUAAGAUAUUGGAAUAUGAAGAUAAUUAAUUACUAAUUUAAAAUAAUAAUUAAAAUUCAUCUAAUUUUUUAAAUUUUAGACCAGAUUAAUAAUUUAGUUAUACUAAGAAUUAGAAAAAGUUAAGUGACUUUAAAAUUUUACAUUGUAUUGGAAAAGGAUCUUUUGGAUAUGUUUUUAAAGUAGAAUUUGAAAAUAGAGUUUACGCUUUAAAACAAUAAGAUAAAUAAAGAUUGAAAUAAUCAAAUAAUUUGCAAUAUGUUUUAACAGAAGUUAAAAUAAUGAGAACGAUAAAUCAUCCAUUUAUUGUAAAAUAUUUUAUGUGUAUAUGAUUGAUAAUAACUUUUAGCUUUUCAGACAACAAAAAACUUGUAUUUAGUGUUAGAGUUUUUAUAAUAAGGAGAUUUAGCUAUGUACAUGACAAGAGGUGUAAUAUUAGAUGAAAUUGUGAGUAAGUUAUUAAUUGGAUAAAUAAUUCUUGCAAUAGAACAUUUGCAUAAACAUAAUAUAUUAUAUAGAGAUCUAAAACCAGAAAACAUUUGUAUAUCUUCUGAUGGUUACAUUAAACUUAUUGAUUUUGGAUUAUGUAAAUUUAUAACUGAAAAUGAAUUAACAUUUACAAUAUGUGGAUCUCCAGCAUAUCUUGCCCCAGAAGUCUUAAAUAAUAUAGGAAUGUCCAGAUCAACAGAUAUUUAUUAAAUAGGUUUAUUAUUAUAUGAAAUGCUUACUGGAUAUCCUCCUUUUUAUACCAGAGAUUUAAAUGUACUUAUUAAUAAAAUUAAAUCUGGUAUAUUAAUUUUAUAAUUCUUAGAACCUAUAAUUAUUCCAUAAAAUUUAUCUUCAGACGCUUAAGAUAUUUUAAGUUCAAUUUUAAAAAGAUCUGCUUUAGAGAGAAUUAGUUUAGAACAAAUGAAAAAGCAUUAAUUUUUCAAAGGCUUAGAUUGGAUUUUAUUAGAGAAAAAAGAAAUAAAAAUACCAUAAUUAAUUCAAAGAUUCUCAUAAUCUAAAAGAGCAACUGGAGAUUUAAUUGAUUCUGGUAAUUGUCUUGAUGAUUACAUAUAGAACUGGGAUUUUAGUAAUAAUUGA